UGGCUAAUAUGUGGCAGUAACGCUUCCUCUUAAGCCUUUUACCCCUGAAAGCCUCUUCAAUUAAAUCGCCCAACGCUAAGAAGAGCAACGUCAACCAGACAGACACACACCCAUUCUCUGUUUCUUCCUCAGUUUCUCCGCCCACUCUCUUUCUCUCUUCCUCUUAAAUUCACAUUCAUUUUUUUUUUUUUCUCAUUCCUCUUCAUUAUCACUUCCUAUUCUUUUCUCACUCUCCCCAUCCCAGGAAUUGGAAUACCCAAUUCUGCUUUUUUGAGUUUCAGAAUCGAAUCACUGCCACAAGUACUCUAUAAUGGCUACCAUAUUUCAGGGUCUUGGAGCAGCGACGGCCUUGUCCAAUUCCUUCGAUUCCAACAAAUUCCACUUCCAAUCUUGCAGAUCCCUCUCAGGGAGGAAAGCGGCCUUCUUGGUUGUCAGAUCCGAGGGGAAGCUGAACCCAGGUCUCAAUUCGAAACCCCGCCGGCCUGAUCAUUUUAUUAGCAAUGCAGUUGCAACAAAGACGGAUAGCUCUGCGGCUUCGACGGCAUCGAAACCUGGGCAUGAACUUCUACUUUUUGAAGCCUUACGGGAAGGCUUGGAAGAAGAAAUGGACAGGGAUCCUACUGUAUGUGUCAUGGGUGAAGAUGUGGGUCACUAUGGAGGCUCAUACAAGGUGACCAAAGACUUGGCUAACAAGUAUGGAGAUCUUAGGGUUCUUGACACCCCAAUCGCUGAGAACUCCUUUACAGGUAUGGGUAUUGGAGCUGCCAUGACUGGCCUGAGGCCAGUAGUUGAAGGUAUGAACAUGGGAUUUCUCCUUCUGGCCUUCAACCAGAUUUCUAACAACUGUGGUAUGCUCCAUUAUACAUCUGGUGGCCAGUUUAAAAUACCAAUAGUUAUUCGUGGACCUGGUGGUGUGGGUCGGCAGCUUGGGGCUGAGCACUCUCAACGUCUGGAGUCAUAUUUCCAAUCUAUCCCUGGAAUCCAAAUGGUGGCCUGUUCAACACCAUACAAUGCCAAGGGCUUGAUGAAGGCUGCUAUCAGAAGUGAAAAUCCUGUGAUACUUUUUGAGCAUGUGUUGCUAUACAACCUCAAGGAGAGAAUUCCAGAUGAAGAUUACAUCUGUUCACUGGAGGAAGCUGAGAUGGUUAGGCCGGGUGAGCAUGUCACCAUACUAACAUAUUCCCGAAUGAGGUAUCAUGUUAUGCAGGCUGCCAAAACUUUGGUGAACAAGGGUUACGAUCCAGAAGUGAUUGAUAUCAGGUCGUUGAAACCAUUUGAUCUUCACACUAUUGGAAACUCAGUGAAAAAGACACAUCGGGUAUUGAUUGUUGAGGAGUGCAUGCGGACUGGUGGAAUUGGUGCUAGCUUGACAGCAGCAAUCACUGAGAACUUCCAUGAUUAUUUGGAUGCACCGAUUGUGUGUCUGUCUUCUCAGGAUGUGCCAACCCCAUAUGCUGGGACAUUGGAGGAAUGGACUGUGGUUCAACCCGCUCAAAUUGUGACAGCAGUUGAGCAGCUUUGUCAGUAGCUGCAGCAGUAAAAAAGGUCUUGAUUAUUUUGCCAUUCUCAUAGAGUUUUUAGCCUUUCUUGAGCAUAUUUGCAGCUUUAUUUUUGAAAUCUUAUAUUUCAUAUUGGAUUUUGUUAGCGUUUGUUGUUAAAAAUUUGCAACUGUUCAUGGUUUUCAAGGUUCUUUUUCUGUUCCUACUUUUUCUUGAGCAAUUGGAAUGUAAUGUAAGUUCCUAUUUAUCUACUAGCCCGUUAGAUACGUGCAAUAACCCACCUAUACCCAAUUGGUGUUCAGCUGCCAAUUAAUUGGGACUCACACUCGCCCCUGUAAUGGAUAGACUACUUCGCUCAUGGCAUGUGAGAUGAGAACUAUAUCAUUAAUACAUAAUUUUUAUUUGUAUUUGA